GCACACAUGUACGUACCGGUGAUCAUUCGACGAUGGAAGACGAUGCGUAACGACUAAUAAAUGAGUAGACUCACAAGGGAACAAUAAGUCAAGUUGUUUUGGUGGAAAACGAGCAAAGGGAUAUUCUAAGGGCAAGAGUAGCGUGAGAUAAGGUUUGUGAUUGCAUGGUCUACAGGUUGAAGACAAGAUGGUGGCAAAUCGUGAAACCUGGAGUAAGAAGGUGGAGUUUCUUCUGGCAGCCAUUGGCUACUCUGUAGGACUGGGAAAUGUCUGGAGAUUUCCUUAUCUGUGUUUCCAGAGUGGAGGAGGUGCGUUUCUGUUCCCGUUUUUCCUGAUGUUGGUGUUAUGUGGCGUACCGUUACUAUAUAUGGAACUCACGGUGGGACAGUAUACACAACAAGGGCCUGUCGGGGCACUCGCCAAAAUCUGUCCACUUUUCAAAGGAGCUGGUCUUGCUACUGUAGUGAUAUCCUUCCUGUUUACGACGUACUACAACGUCAUCAUCACCUGGUCAUUUUAUUACCUCUUUAACAGCUUCAGUGGAGAGCUCCCAUGGAGUCACUGUGGACAUGAGUGGAACUCACCACUUUGUUGGGACGGAAAUAAAACACAAUCUGUGUUAAACAUUACAGUAAACAAUAUCACCGUGCUGCAGAAUGUCACCAAGUUCGUUAAACCUAACGGCUCUGUUUCACCUACAGAAGAUUUUUUUGAAUCAAAAAUGUUGCGAAAGAGUUCUGGAAUUGAGGAGAUGGGAACACUAAACUGGGACCUAUCCUUAAUCCUAUUGUUAUGCUGGAUCAUCGUGUACUUCUGUAUAUGGAAGGGGCCAAAGGGCACAGGCAAAGUCGUUUAUUUCACUGCCACAUUUCCCUUUUUGGUGCUCGUAAUUUUAUUGGUAAGGGGAGUAACUCUGCCUGGCUCAUGGAAUGGAAUCAUGUACUUCAUCUGGCCAAAAUGGGAGCUGCUUGCUGAUCCCAAGGUGUGGGUGUACGCCGCAGCACAGAACUUCAAUUCUCUCGGGAUAGCGUUCGGUGGUAUCAUAACGAUGUCAAGCUAUAACAAAUUCAACAAUAACAUUAUGAAAGAUGUAUUGACGAUAGCCGUGGUUGAUGCAGUCACAUGUAUCCUAGCAGGAUUUGCAAUAUUUGCCACAUUAGGCUACCUAGCCAACAAUCAACAGACGGAUGUCGAAAAUGUUAUAAAGCAAGGACCUGGCCUAGUAUUCAUCAUUUACCCAGAAGCCUUCACCACGAUGCCUGUGCCACAGCUUUUCUCCAUUGCCUUCUUCUUCAUGCUCAUCUGUCUAGGUAUAGACAGCCAGUUUGCGUCAGUAGAGGUAAUCGUGACAACCGUGAACGACCACUUUGGGCCACAGGUGAAGAAGUACCUGAAGAGAAAGGAGGUUCUGGUGUUCGUUGUUUGUGCCUUUUCUUACUUGUGUGGACUACCCAAUGUUGCCCAGGGUGGACUGUAUUUCUUCUCCCUCAUCGACCACUAUGCAGCUGCUGUGUCUCUUAUGUACCUGGCCUUUUUUGAAGUCAUCGCCAUAACAUGGAUUUAUGGUGCAAAUCGACUUUCAAACAACGUAAAAGAAAUGAACGGCAGUCGACCUAGCCGGUUCUACACUUUCUGCUGGUAUUUCCUCUCGCCUGUCCUUAUAUUUGUCAUCUGGCUCUUCAGUAUGGUGAUGUACAAGCCGUUCCAGUUGAAUAACUACAACUACCCAACCUGGGCCACCGCGCUUGGCUGGUUCUUCGCGCUUCUGUCCGUGAUAUGUGUACCGCUGGGUAUGGUGCACGCUUUCUACAUGGCCGAAGGAGAUACUUUGUGGCAGCGAUUCAGGAACACUCUGAAAUCACCCCUUCCUGAAAGAGCAUCGCAGUCUCAGCUUUCCUAUUACACAGGAGACAUUGUCAUCUCCAACGGCAAAAUCCCCGAGAAGGAGCCGCUGAAUGGUCUGCUCACUGAUACCACUACAAAAGUUUGACUGUAACAAAGACACAUAUCUUUAUAUUGAAAUCCUAUUUCUAUUUUUGUAAUAUUUUUUAUUAGUUUUCAACAGAUAUUUUCUCCAUAUCACAAUUUUAUUGUAUAAGUUAUUUUUGUGUCUAGAUUUCAAAAUUUUGAUUUUAGUUGGGAAUUUUCUGUAGCUGUAACAGACUUGAAAUCAUGACUACAGUUAUGGUCGUAGGAACAAGCCCAGAAAUCUCCUUAUGUUAAGGAUGCUUACUCAUCAUUGAAGUGUUUUUGAUCGAUAUGUCAUAAUUCAAUUACAUCAAUAUAGUCAGCUUUGACUGAAUAUUAAACUUUUGAAGCAGAUCUGGGCGAAUGCUUUAUCUAACAUUGACAUUGCAUUUGAAUUGUGUUGACAUAAUUAAAAUAAAUUAAUGAUUUCAAUUGUUCUCAUCAUUAUAGAGAAAAAGUUAUUUUAUGUAUGUAACGAAAAUAUUUCAAUUGUGUUGUCAAAUUUUAAAUUUGUUUGAAAAAAUUAGGUUUUAUUUGACAUUCAUUGUUAGAACCAAUUUCAUUGGGCAAUGGAAUGUACAUAUGUAUGUUUUGAUUGAUAUAUAAGGUGUUUAGUGCACUAUAAUCAGGAUUUAUAUACAUGUAUACCAGCAGUUGUAAAUCUUUCAUUCCACUUCAUUUUACUGCACAUCGUUAUAUGGGGUGUUACGGAGCCCCGUUUGAUUAGAAGUUCUGAUGACCCUUUAUGAUUUAAUAUCAGAUGUUGAGAAUUUAGUAAGUAAUGAGAUUUUCUCUUUCUGUAUGAAAUUGGGAAUUUUUAAACUAAAAUGGUGACAAAAAGAUUUCAAAACACCCCAGCACUUCCUAGAUCGAAAUUUGUUUUGUUGAAAGCUUUUUGAUUGAAACAAAAAUUGUGUCAAAAUUUCCGUCUUAAGUAGUUCAAUGCAAUCUAUUUUUUCCCCAAAAAUUUCAGCCUGCAUAUUAUCAAAAUAUUCCUGUAAAAAUAAAUUUAUAUAGCACCAUUUGUUCCAAAACCCAGAUGGCAAAGUUCUAAAUAGAAGAUCAUACAGGAGUGUCAGAGGAAUAUGGAACAAGUUAGUAAAACAAUUUCAGUUAUUUGAUAUGAUAUGUAUGGCAUAUAAGUGUAAUGAAAUAUAUGAUUACAAUUUGAUCGGUAAUUGCUAAAUUUGUUAUAAAUUUAUUAUAUUUUUUUUUUACAUUUUUUUUUUACUUUUUUUUUUAAGCUUGGAGGACUUGAAUAUUUCAUUUCAAUAAUGUUAAUUGGACAAGUUUUUUUUUUCAUGGUUUAGUUUGACAUUAUCUGUUAGUUGUUAAGUAGGACAUGGAAGGAUGGUUUUUGUUGUCUGUAGAGAUUACCAUAUACAUCAGGUUCAGUGAUGUAUUACAGAAGAAAUAUAUACAUUAUGUAUAUCGCUGUAUUGUUGUCAAUUUAAUUGACUUGAAAAUAUGUUUUGUUGGUGUGACAAGCUAAGAUUGCAGGCAAAUAAUAGUUAAGUUGUUUGUAUUUUAUUAGACUGUUUUUUCUGAGGUUGGUACAGGUAUGUAUUAUGUAGAUAUAGUUUUGAUGAACCUGAGUUAGAAAAAGUGUGACUGUUGAGUUGCCAAAUCCUGUCAUCUUUUCAGACAAAUGACCAGUAUCCAUACAUGGAAAUGUACAACAUACCAAAUUAACUAUUCCAUUCAAAUAUAAAUUGUACUUUGAAAAUAUAUUUUCAGCAGGUUUGGGAAUGAUCCCUCAGAAAGUUGAGACAGUCUUGGUUUUGCAAGACGACAUUAUAUUUUUUCAUGUGAGUGCUCCCAAUACAUGUAUACAAAAAAAUGAAUUUAUAAGAUUUUUAAAUUUUGGAUUUUUGUUUAUUUCAUUGAUAUCUGCAUAUCAUUUAGUUAUUCAAUAACUUUUGUUCGAACAAGUUUUCGAAGAAUUAUUUGGAUAUAUACCUCCUGAUAGAACAGUGCUUUUUUUUUUAAAUAUAUAGCAGUGAUUAAAAAAGUAGACUUUUCAAACAAGAAAAAAAACAACAACAAAACAAACAAACAUAAAUGUAAACUUUACUGCCAUGUAUAUUAAUCACUUACGGGCCUGUAUUUUCAUGACUGUAAAAUAUCCGCAUUAUUUCAACCAUGGCUUUAUAACAACUAUGAUUUAACCGUAGAUACUUUGAUGGAUAUUUAUUGGCAGGAAACAUUGUUAUUGAGAAAGUAUGACAACCCUAAAUACUUUGAACUUAUAGUUUCUUAUGGGUCAUUGUGGUAAUAUAGGUCAUCGGGUAAUAUAGGUCAUCGUGGUAAUUAAUAAAGGUCAUCGUGGUAAUUUAGGUCAUUGUGGUAAUUUAGGUCAUCGUGGUAAUUUAGGUCAUCAUGGUAAUAUAGGUUAUCGUGGUAAUAUAGGUCAUCAUGGUAAUAUAGGUUAUCGUGGUAAUAUAGGUUAUCGUGGUAAUAUAGGUUAUCGUGGUAAUAUAGGUUAUCGUGGUAAUAUAGGUUAUCAUGGUAAUAUAGGUUAUCGUGGUAAUAUAGGUCAUCGUGGUAAUAUAGGUUAUCGUGGUAAUAUAGGUUAUCGUGGUAAUAUAGGUUAUCGUGGUAAUAUAGGUCAUCAUGGUAAUAUAGGUUAUCGUGGUAAUAUAGGUCAUCGUGGUAAUUAAUAAAGGUCAUCGUGGUAAUUUAGGUCAUUGUGGUAAUUUAGGUCAUCGUGGUAAUUUAGGUCAUCAUGGUAAUAUAGGUUAUCGUGGUAAUAUAGGUCAUCAUGGUAAUAUAGGUUAUCGUGGUAAUAUAGGUUAUCGUGGUAAUAUAGGUUAUCGUGGUAAUAUAGGUUAUCGUGGUAAUAUAGGUUAUCGUGGUAAUAUAGGUCAUCGUGGUAAUAUAGGUCAUCGUGGUAAUAUAGGUUAUCGUGGUAAUAUAGGUUAUCGUGGUAAUAUAGGUUAUCGUGGUAAUAUAGGUCAUCAUGGUAAUAUAGGUUAUCGUGGUAAUAUAGGUCAUCGUAAUUUAGGUCAUUGUGCAUGGUGCUCAGAAAAUUGAUUCAUUAUAUUGAUGAUUUCUAUGAUAGUCAUUUUAAGUUCAUUUAAGUGAGAAUAGUUUCUAUUAUUGUAAUAUAACUGAUUUUGUUUGGUAAGAACUAUCAUAUUUAUCCUGGAGUUAGCUCAUGCCUGGUAUUAAGCCCUCCUAUUUACAUUACCUUUAAAGUGCAAACAGACUGAAAUAUACCUGAUUGUAUCGUUCUGUCUGUAUGUAUUGAUCACCAGUUGGGCUUAUUACAGGAUAAAUACAGUAAUGUAUAUAUAUAUACUAUUAAGUUAAAGGUUUACUGCCUACAUGAAUCCACCUAUCACUAGGUUUUGUCUCCUGCACUGAAUAUAGUCCUUGUUCUGUCAGUGUUAGUUAGUUACUGGUUUACCACCUACAUGACUCCACCUAUUGCUCGACCCUUUCUCGCCGACUAUAGUCAGUGUUCUAUAGAUAUGUAAUAUACAGGGUAAAUGUUGGAUGUAGACUUUCAGACGUUAAAUAUGAGUCGUUGUUCAAAUUUACAUGUUAAACUUACCAUUUUUAAAACCACAAAAAUUGUACACAAGAAAUGUUUUUCUGCAUUUUUUCUGAAAAAAUAUUGUUACCGUUUUCAAUAUCAACAAAUUUGUUUACAUUUACUAGUAUUUAAAACUGCACUUUUUAUUUUGAUAAAUGAGAUGUGUUUUUCCUUGCAUAUUUGAAGAAAAUGCAAAUAUAUUGUUUAUACUUUUUUAUAUGAACACUUUGACACAGGUUGUCAGUAUGUUUUGUUUAAUGUGAUUAUGAUCGUAUUAAAUCUUCGGCUAAAACAUUCAACUAGAUCUCAGGUCACCUGUAUUACUGAAGUAAAAAUUGUGUUACAUCAAAACUGAUAAAAAAUUUGUAAUUUGAGGGAGAGAAUAAUGUUUACGUGUCAAAAAUACUUGUACAUUUGUAUCAUAAAGGAAUAUUUCAUACAGUUCUUUAAUAAAGAUUUUUUUCAACUGAAAAAAAACCCCAUUCAGACAAGCUUAAAUGGUGUUACUAUUAUAAGCUGCUUUUAUGCAUCUAUUAGCAUUUACAACUUCAAUAUACAAGGGUAUAAUAACAAGUUCUUUUUGGUAUAGUUUUGUAAGUUUUUUUUUAGACAGUUAUGCAUUUUGUGUAUAUUGAAUAUAUUUAUAAAGGUAGCUAGAAGUUUAUUGCUAAAGUCAAUGUGUUAAUAGCAAAAAUUAUAACUGAUAAUUUAAAAAAUUAAAAUGUUUUUAAAAAGGAUUUUAAAAAAAAACAUAUUUGUUGUAAAAACCAGAGACAAGCAAUGUAAAAUAUUAUUGAUUCCUGGACUGUUGUCUGUCAUUUUUGCAAUAUAAUUUUAUUUUUAGCAGAAUUUUCAAUUCAGAAUGAUUAAAUUAGUUUUGUACAGUGUGAGGGACCGCGGUGGCCGAGUGGUUAAGGUGUCCCGACACUUUAUCACUAGCCCUCCACCUCUGGGUUGCGAGUUCGAAACCUACGUGGGGCAGUUGCCAGGUACUGAACGUAGGCCGGUGGUUUUUCUCCGGGUACUCCGGCUUUCCUCCACCACCAAAACCUGGCACGUCCUUAAAUGACCCUGGCUGUUAAUAGGACGUUAAACAAAAACAAACCAAUUGUACAGUGUUGAACAUUGUACAUCAUGAUUUUGCGGAAAAAUGUAACCAAUUUUUCUGUUGCUGAACCGUGGCAUUAUUGAGACUGUUUUUGUACAUCUAGAAUAUUUAUUACAUAUAUCAAUGUCCGGGGGACUAUAUUAUGUAUCUCUAAAUUGUAUGAGUCCAAAUUCAUAAUGUUUACUGAAAAUAUUUAAUAUAUAUGUUUUGUAAUGGUUCAUGAUCAACAGUUCAAUAAAUGAUUGCUAAAUCUUUCUAGAAUA